AUGACUCGUCCACGUGUUUUCUUCGAUAUUACCAUUGGCGGACAACCGUCUGGACGUAUCAUUAUGGAGCUGUUCAAUGAUAUAGUGCCGAAAACAGCGGAAAAUUUCCGUGCAUUAUGCACGGGUGAGAAGGGUUUUGGUAAAUCGGGGAAACCACUUCAUUAUAAAGGUUCAAAAUUCCAUCGAGUCAUUCCGAAUUUCAUGUGCCAGGGUGGUGAUUUCACCCGUGGCAAUGGAACCGGAGGUGAAUCUAUUUAUGGUGAAAAAUUUGAAGAUGAAAAUUUCAAGGAGAAGCACGUUGGAGCUGGUGUACUAUCUAUGGCGAAUGCCGGUCCAAACACGAAUGGAUCUCAGUUCUUCUUAUGCACUGUGAAGACGGAUUGGUUAGAUGGUAAGCAUGUUGUGUUUGGCCGAGUUGUCGAAGGAAUGGAUGUCGUACAGAAGAUUGAAGCAGUGGGUUCACAAAGCGGUAAGACAUCGAGGGAUGUAGUAAUCGCGAGUUGCGGACAAUUGUAA